AUAUUUUCAAAAGCUGAGACUGCUCAUUUUUUUAUUUGUCAAAAAUAAAAAUUCAUCUGUGUUCGUACUGCAUAUAGUUUUGUUGAGGUUUCUGUUCCUUCUUUCAUCCCCUUCCCUCAUUUUUUCCAUGCACUGUUUUCAUUCUGUGAAGGUAAAUAAAUCACAACUCAGAUUGUUGAAUUCAUGUUAUGUCCUUUCAUUACUUGUAGAGAUUAAAUUAACUGAUUGCACUUUAGAGGAGGAAUCUAGGCAUAGAUGGUGGUGAAAGCAGAAAGUGGGUAUGAGUUGACAUGACCAAAAUUAUUUGCCUUUCUUUUGAUAUGAUUAUUCAUUUUGAGGGUGGUGAAGGCUUCUUGUUGUUGACACAUGAAAGGAACAGAAGAGGUAAAACCAGGGCAAGGAAAUUUCAGUGGCUGGUGUGACUUGCCUCAGAUCUAGGAAACCCUCUUCUCAUAUGUGGAUCAUAAGGUGGAAUACAGAAAGUCCUGGUUGAUAAAAAGCCCAAAACAGGAGUUUGGUUCUGAACUCCUUAAAUUUCUUGCCGUAGGAGCCUUCUUGGGGUUUUGAUGCUGAUUGAAAUUAUAUCAUAGAAAGGAGGCUUUAGGGAAAAGGGUGGAAAAAGUGGUUGAAAGGGAUAGCUGCUUGUAGGAUACUGGAGGACAAGAAGGCUAUUGCUACAAGGCAAAGUAAACCAAUGGAGGAAAUAUCUUCGAGUGUUGCAGUGCCUUUUACACUUGGUGUUGGAAAUUUGAUUCAAAAGGAGUCUGCAGUGACUACUCACAUGGAGAUAACUGGGCUGAAGCUUAUGGCAAAUACCGCAGCAGCAACUUUGAUGUUGAAUCCUGCGGUGGAGUGUUGUCAAUCAUGUUCUGUUGGAAGUGAAAACCAUGCAGAUAUUAGUCUGCAGCAUCAGAUUACAGUAUCUGCGGAGGUAAAGGAGAAUCAAGUUGGAACUUCCCUUGUCUCAGAAAUGGUUAUCGAAUGUGAGAGUAAUUGGGUCUUGAAUGAAAGCCAUAAUAUGGCUAGAAAGGAAGAUGAAAUAAUGUUAGCAGUGGAUUUUCAGUGUCUUCGUAAUUCAAGCUCUCAACCUGUGGCUAAUGGCAAAAGUGCUCCUUGUAGGGAGGAAGCUGUGUUGUUGAAGACUAGUUAUUCUGAAAUAGAUUCACCAAUCAUCAUCAAGGUUGAUGAUGUUGAUAUUCAUGGCAAGUCUGGGAUAAAGGAGGCAUGUCCAUCAAUGAAGCCGGUGGAGAACACAGUUUCUGUUGCAAUGGAUAUUACUAGUGAGGAUCAAUGUGGAUCAGAUGAGUCGGAUCCUAAACCAUCUGCUAUGCCUCUUGAUCAGUUGCCAAGGGAGAAUAAAACAAUGAGAACAAGCAACCAGAAUGCUUUGGAUUUGAAUAGUGGCCCUCUCUGGGGUUGCUCAUCAAUUUGUGGAAUGAGACAAGAGAUGGAAGAUGCUAUUUCUGUUAGGCCUCAACUUUUUCAAGUUCCUUCACAGAUGCUAAUGAAUGAUCAUGUGAAUGAGAAUGAUAAACAUUCACUAGCCCACUUUUUUGGUGUCUAUGAUGGACAUGGGGGCCUUCAGGUUGCUAAUUACUGCCAGGAGCAUCUUCAUUCGGUAUUGAUUGAGGAGAUAGAGGCUGCACAAUCAAGUUUGGUGGAAACAAAUGCGAGAGAUUGGCAAGACCGUUGGAAGAAAGCAUUCAUCAAUUGUUUUCAGAAAGUAGAUAACGAGGUUGGAGGAAUUGGUGCAAGAAAUAGUGGAAACAACAGUGGUGGAUCUGAGUCUAAUAUUGAACCUGUUGCUCCCGAGACUGCUGGCUCCACUGCAGUGGUAACCAUUUUAAGUCAAACCCACAUAAUAGUUGCAAAUUGUGGGGACUCAAGAACUGUCUUAUACCGUGGAAAAGAAGCCAUGCCGUUGUCUUCUGACCACAAACCAAAUAGAGAGGACGAGCGGGCAAGGAUAGAAGCUGCAGGAGGAAGAGUCAUACAUUGGAAAGGAUACAGAGUUCUUGGUGUCUUGGCAAUGUCAAGGUCCAUAGGUGAUAGAUACCUGAAACCAUGGAUAAUUCCAGAUCCUGAAGUGAGUAUUGUACGCCGAGAGAAAAACGAUGAGUGUCUUAUUCUAGCAAGUGAUGGUUUGUGGGAUGUAAUGACAAAUGAAGAAGCCUGCGAGGUUGCAAAGAAACGAAUCCUUCUUUGGCACAAGAAGUAUGGUGAAAACGGAGCUACAGAACACAGUGAAGGAGCUGAUCCUGCAUCUCAGUCUGCUGCUGAGUAUCUAACUAAACUUGCCAUCCACAGGGGAAGCCAAGAUAACAUCUCUGUAAUUGUGAUAGACUUAAAGCCUCAAAGAAAGAUUAAGAGAAAGGCAUGAAGUGAUGUUUUUUGCAUCUGGAAUGUCUUCAUUUAAGCUAUUGAUUUAUUGUAUUUUAGAAUCAUUGGCACUUUUUAGUCCGUCAGUUUUUCGCCAGGGCUAAGUUAUAUAUGCUAAAAUUCGCACUGUACAAGGAUACCUUUGUGAGAGCUUUCCAAGCUUAAAGUUUUUUUUCUUUUUUUUCUAUAAAGUUUAUGACCCAAUAUUUUGAGUUA